AUGGCGCUGUUGUACGGCCUGCUGUGGCGGCUGCUGCUGCUUCUGGUCCACGUCAACACGGCGCUCGUUUCCUGGCUCCGCGUCCGCCUGCGGAGCUGGAAGGGCCGGCUGUGGGAGCGGGCAGUGGCCGCUCUGCUGCUGCCGGUCGCCCUUGCGGGUUUCCCGGACCAGCAGAAGAAGCUGAACCACAACGCCGAUGCUAACGCUAACCCGGUCACCGGAAACCGCGGCGACAGUCGCCGCGCGCGGUGGCUGUCAGACGGCAAAGCUCUGGAGAAGCUGCCGGUGCACGUCGGCCUGCUGGUGGCCGAAGAGGAGCCCAGCUACUCGGACAUCGCUAACCUGGUGGUGUGGUGCAUGGCGGUGGGCAUCUCCUAUGUCAGCGUCUACGACAAUCACGGGAUUGUCAGGAAGAAUAAUUCUCGUCUGCUGGAGGAGAUUUUACGGCAGCAACAGAACCUGGUGGGAGUGGACGGGUCCAAAUACAGCGUGGAGUUCCUGAGCAAUGGCACUGACAAACACAACGAAUCAAAGAAUAUUCCAGAUCCAGAGCUGGUGCUGAAGUUUGGACCAGUGAACAGCACGCUGGGUUUCCUGCCGUGGCACAUCCGCCUGACCGAGUUCAUCCUCUACAGGGACCUGUUGGUGACUCUGGCCCUCGGUCAGGUUCUGUCUCUGUUGAUUUGUGCCAUCGGUUUAACCAGUAAGUUUCUGGCUGAUGACUUUCACGCCAACACUCCGGUGUUCCAGAGCUUCCUGAACUACAUCCUGCUGUUUCUGGUCUACACCACCACGCUGGCAGUCAGACAAGGAGAAGGGAACUUGCUGGCCAUUUUGAAACAGCGCUGGUGGAAAUAUAUGAUUCUGGGUUUGGUGGACAUUGAGGCCAACUAUCUGGUCCUGAAGGCGUAUCAGUACACAACUCUGUCCAGUGUGCAGCUGUUAGAUUGUUUCGUCAUCCCCGUCGUCCUGCUGUUGUCCUGGUUCUUCCUCCUAGUGAGGUACAAGGCUGUCCACUUUGUUGGGGCGGGACUGUGCCUGCUGGGAAUCGGCUGCAUGGUUGGAGCUGAUGUCCUGCUUGGUCGGCAGCAAGGCCUCGGAGAGCAGAAGCUGUUUGGUGACCUUUUGGUUCUGGGAGGCGCGACGCUCUACGGGAUCUCCAAUGUCUGCGAGGAGUUCAUUGUUAAGAACUUGAGCCGUGUGGAGUUUCUUGGCAUGAUGGGACUUUUCGGAUCUUUCUUCAGUGGGAUCCAGCUAGCCAUCAUGGAGCACAAGGAGCUGCUGAAGGUACCCUGGGACUGGCAGAUAGGUCUUCUCUACAUCGGUUUUAGUGCCUUCAUGUUCGGCCUGUACAGCUUCAUGCCAGUGGUGAUGAAGAGGACUAGUGCUGCUUCAGUCAACCUCUCGCUGCUCACCGCUGACUUGUACAGCCUCUUCUGUGGCCUCUUUCUGUUCCACUACAAGUUCUCGGGCCUCUACCUGCUGUCAUUCUUUGUCAUCAUCCUGGGCUUGGUCCUUUACUCCUCCUCAUCAACAUACGUGGCCCAGGACCCACGAGUCUACAAGCAGUUCAGGAACAGCAGCAGUCAACCAGCCAGUGAGCCGAACCUGCUCAGUCCUGGAGUCCCGGAGCCCUCUGUCACCUACACCAGCCUGAGCCCAGAGCCCGGCGACGAGCUUCCUGUCCGAGUAGCCUAAGCUUAUCUGGGAGGUUUGUCUGUCAGCCUGGUGGAUCAGCGAGCCUACCUCCAGGUUCCCCACAGUUUGAUUCAGAGGAAUAGUGCUGGAGGUACCCAGUCUGCUGAGCAGGGCAGCUGGGAGGUCACCAGGUAGGUCCAGGUUUUCAUCUCAUGACUUGUAUUGAGGGACGUCUUCAUCUCCCACUGACCAAGCUGUUACGUGUCCACAUCAUGUAUGUACCUGAUAAACGACUGACCAGAAUGUAAGUAAAACAAAUAGCAAUGCGAGUGAAAGUGUUCACUGUGAUCACAGACUGUGAGUAGACAGUAGUGACUGUAAAUGAUCAAUCAUGUAAAUAGAUCUCAUUGUAACUUCACUCAGUCUCCUUUUUAUAUCUGUCCAGAAUGUCUGCUUCAAACUGUGUAAACGCUGAAGUUGCACUUCAUGACUGUGUUCAUUUUCUUUCUUAUUAUCUGAUUGAAAGCCACCUGUACAAAGUCAGUGACAAGUAUAUGCCAUGAAAUGACUCACAGACUGACCCCCUUGUAUUAUUUCACUUCGGGCAACAAGGAAGUUCUCAGACUGCACCUAUAAGUCAGCAGCUGAUUUGAAUGUAACCUCCAUCCCUGUUGAAGUGUCUCCUUGUGCAGUGAUGCUCUGGUUUGAAUGUUCUCAGGACGUGACAGGAGAACUCUGUGUUCAUAGUCUGGAGGAUGAACUGAAGGUUGCAGCGAUCAGAAUGACAUGACCGCCCACAUUCAUUCAGCUUUGUCUCGGUACCGCCAGCAGUCAUCCAAUAGUCCAAUCCUAACUUUCCACAUAGUUUGAAACCAGCCUCUAGGAAAACCUUCAGGUGGACGUCUUGGAGAUGGCGCUGUGUGGGUCAGUGAAGCAGAAGGACAACUUCAUCUCAGCAUCCGAUCGCAUGUAAAGUCUGCAUCAUUGUAGCCAUCAGGGAUCUAAAGGGAUCCUCUUUUGGUGUCAUCAGCAGGAAUGGACAAGGACUGAGGAUUUCCUCGCUGGAGUUUCCCAGGACUUGCUAGUUUCAGUUGAACCAAGGCUGACGCUGCAGUCCUGAUCUUUUACCGACUGACAGACUGUCCGUGGUGAGUUCCGGUGUGAAUAAUGUUGAGUUGGUGCACCACGCUGACAGACGCUGUUCAAGUUGUUCAAAGCCAGGGCAGACUGUUACCGGACCGGACUGGACUCACAACACACACAUUCACCCAUUCCCAUGGCUUGCUGGUUGGUUUUGUAAAUACACUUUCUAAAGUCUGAA